AUGCACUCAUCUACUCCUGAAACUGUUAAGAAUCAUAUUUUGGAUCAAUUUUCUAAGAGUGAAGGUCACCUGAGAGUACUCAUAGCAACAAUAGCAUAUGGGAUGGGAGUAAAUUGCAAAAAGGUGCAAAGGGUGAUUCACUUUGGACCUUCCAAAUCAGUUGAGGCUUACAUGCAAGAGAGUGGUCGUUGUGGAAGGAAUGGCGAACAAAGCAAAGCAGUUUUGUUGUACAACAGCAUUACAAUUCGUACAGCAAAUAUUGACAUGAAGGAGUAUGUACAUUCAACUAUGUGUCGGCGUCAGCAAUUACUUCAUCAUUUUAGCACUCCAGUUGGUACUAAAAUACUAAAGGGACAUUUGUGUUGUGAUAUUUGUGCAACAAAUUGUGCUUGCAAUAAUAGCUUGUGCAAAUCUGACGUUUUUCUUCCAGUUUGUAAUUUGCAGGAAAAACCUGACAAGAUACGAAAUGUGUCCGAUACUCAGAAGGAGGAGUUAAGAGAAGCGCUAAAUAUGUUGAUGAAAAAACUCCUCAUGAAGAAUAUAUCUGGUGAGAAGCAAAAGGUUAUAGCUGUGUCAUACCCAAACAGUUUGAUGGAGUUUGGAGUAGAUGUAAUAGAUCAAGUGAUAGCAUAUGCCCACCUUAUUUUCGAUGUUGAAGAU